GAUUCUACGUGUGGGGAAAACAACCUGAAAUAGAAAAUCUCACAGAUUGUUCACAGCUGCUUUUGGACGCUUUCCGCCAGUCGUUUCACGCUCGUUACACACACGCACAAAGGGAUGUGGCUCAAUAACUAAAGAGCGCCCUACCUAGACAGUAUUCAUAUACGUCACAGGCGCGCGCAACAUUUUGGCAAUUUGAGAAUCUAUGAAUCGACACGCGUCUACGACGGACAAAAGCGCUGUUCACUAGGUAGUCCGCAUACUAGGUUUGGAGACAAGUUCAUGCUGUUCAAAGCACCGUGUGCUGCUCCGCGCUGCUCAGUCUGACAGCCACAUCUCAUCGAUCAAGAACUGAUCAAUACUAAAAGUCAUCAAACAAUCGGAAACUAACUGGAGACUUUUCCAGCAUGGAUCAAUCUACGGAUGGAAAUAUAGAAAACAAACAGAAUGCUGCGAAACCGCUUUAUCAGCGCUAUUUAGUGUCUUUUCCAACCAUAGUGUGUUUAGUGUUAUCGCUGAGUUCAAUAGCGGUGUGUUUUCUCAUGACUUUCAAAACGCAUCAGAUGGAGAGCAGGCUGCGCGAGCUGGAGAUAAAGAUGACUGACAUCUGUCAAGAAUCAUCCAAGGACGUCUCUGUUCCACAGGAACUGCGGAAAUCCAUUGAAACACUCUUUCAGGAGAUGCCAAAGUUGCGUGUGGCGAGAGACGUGACACAAGACUGCAACUGUCCUCCAGGUCCUCCUGGGAAACGUGGACGGAUGGGCAGAAGAGGCGACCCUGGACCCCCAGGCAAACCUGGGCGAGACGGUUAUCCGGGUCCACUCGGUCUGGAUGGCAAACCUGGUAUUCCUGGACCUAAAGGAAGCCAGGGGCUGCCAGGACCAAAAGGAGAUAAGGGUGAUCAAGGAGAUACUGGACCAAGGAUGGUCUUUCCUCGUUACGAUCACAGCUACAUCUCGGCCGAUCAGCCCAGUUUCCAGAGGCGUAUGCUGAAGGGUGAUCAAGGACAAGCUGGCCCACCUGGACCUCCAGGCCCUCCUGGAGCACCCGGUGCAAGAGGGCCCCCAGGAAACACAGGGAAGGAUGGUCCCCGCGGCCCACCGGGAGAACCAGGUGCUUCUGGACGAGAAGGAAUGGAGGGACAAAGAGGUUUACCAGGAAAACCGGGUGAAGUUGGUGAUCAGGGUUACCCAGGACCACAGGGACCCCCAGGGCCAAAGGGCGAGCAGGGAGAGCCAGGUCCUCAGGGUGACCGUGGAACCGAUGGUCUGCCAGGCUUGAAGGGAGAUAAGGGAGAUGUUGGAGAACAAGGGCCCCAGGGUGAACCGGGUGAAAAAGGCACAUCAGCAUCCGGUGACAUCAUUGAUUUCAAUGGCAAACUCUUAGAUGCCUUUCAGGCCAUCAAAACCAUCAGUGUCUCGGGACCACCUGGCCCUCCUGGACCCCCGGGACCACCCGGAAAAGAAGGUUCAAAGGGCGAACUUGGCUUGCCCGGCCCUGCCGGGGUUGAUGGCGAUAAGGGUGAAAAGGGAGACACUGGGGAGCCUGGUGAAUCUGGAGACAGGGGGGAGAAAGGAGAAAUGGGCCUCUCUGGUCCCUCCGGAAUGGAUGGGCAGAAAGGAGAGAAAGGAGACUCUAUACUAGAAGACAAUCUGGUUCAGAUGAUUUCACAGCCUGGACCACCAGGGCCUCCAGGCCAACCAGGACCACCUGGAUACAUGGGUCAUCGUGGCUUGCCAGGCCCCAAAGGUGAUCCAGGGGAGAAUAGUAAAGGAGAGAAGGGAGAAACUGGUGCGGCAGGAAUACAAGGCCUCCAGGGUCCUCAAGGGCCCCCAGGAGCAACAGGAUUAGUUGGUCUUCCCGGCACAAAGGGUGAAAAGGGAAAACAUGGGGAACCUGGAUUAGAUGGUUUUCCUGGCAUUAAGGGAGACAGGGGUGAUCGUGGAGAGAAAGGAGACAGGGGCGAUCGCGGUCCUGUUGGAAAGAGGGGUCUAAAGGGAAAGAAAGGUGAACAGGGGCCGCCGGGUCUGGACCAGCCCUGUCCCGUGGGCGCUGAAGGAUGUAAAAAAGAGGCAGUGGCAACGGGGCAACCGGCCCCUGAGGCCCCCUGCCCACUGGGUCCUGAUGGACUUCCAAUACCAGGUUGCUGGCACAAGGAACAGGGAAUGCUUCAGAAACUCAAGAGGAAACGUCUCUCCCAGCCUUGAUGUUCUUCAAGAAACCCGAGGAGUUUAAAUGACUUUACAGUCCUUCAAGUGACGGCUCUCUAUAGUAUUGGUUAAUAUUGACUGUCCUCAGUAUGCAGGUCGAAUGAGGGUGCAGACAGCCCUCGCUAUGGUCAAUAUUUUUCAUGGAGGAACAUAAUUGAGCUCUUGGAGAUGAUAAGAGAUCAGGGAUAGGCCUCAUGGAUGCAGUUGCUCCACAGGACGGCAACAGCAGCCUGAUAUAAGAGGCUUUGGCAUUGGAGAUGAUACAGAACAGAUCCUUAUUUUGAGAAUAUCAAUGAACAGUAAUUUAUAAUGAUUCAUUUCUUAUGUGUUACUGUUUUAUGCUUGUUUUUUUUUUUUUUUUGUAGUUUUUAGCCCCGCAAGCAAAAACACAAAGCAUCUGGAAUUGACGCCCAAAGACUAACUUUUGGAUGGCGAGCAGUUACUUAUUAAUGCAUAAAUCAUUGAUAACAAAAUAAAUACUACAUCUGUUUUAAAUCAGCGCAGCAUAUAGUGAGCGAAAAUAGUGUAUUAUAUCAUACCUGUUUAUUUACUACUGCAUCUACAUUUUGUUGCUCACAUUUGUUGUGAUACUUUGAGAUACAGUAUAUGUUGACUGUGACUACCUGCCGUUGUUUUUAACGUCACAAUCCUUGAUACAUAUUCCAUAUUAUUGUUCAUAGUAAUUUAUGAUAUAUACUGAUGUGCUUUUUGAAGAUGGCCAAAACUGGAGGUGUUUUCAUAGCCUCAGUUCAGCCAUUAUGAGGACUCAAGUUUAAGGCUGUUUUUAAGUUUGACAAAGUAUUGCUCUAUUAUCUUUCAUAGCGUGAAAGCAAAGAAAGCAUUAGAGAUUCCAUUUUAUCAAUCUCAUUUUCUUUUUUUGGCUUUCCAAAAUUUAACACAGAGAAAAGAUAUCCAGAAGAGAUGUGUUUUUUUUAAGGCAUUUUAGCAUGUUCAGCAUACAUUUCCACGAUGGUGUACCCUCUUUCAGGGAUUUAAAACCAUUCUACAUAAGCUUUUCUGAAAUAUUUAUUGUUCAUAUUAAAAUAACUCGUGGUCAGAUCAUGUAAAAGUUCUUAUAAUGCAUAUGUUACAGAUAAUGCAAUUGAAUUUUUAUAAGCCUGUCUUUGGUGUUAAAUGGCUGACAAAAUGUUCCUAUGUUACUAUGUUGUGAUUUACAUAACUGUAAAAAAAUUGUGCUUGACCAAUAGCAUUAUAGCACCGUUUUAGAAACAAAACAGAAUGGGAGGACAUUUUCGGAACAUUUCAUUGCUUAACUUUUAGUUUUUCCUUUGAAUUUCUUUACAGGUGUUUUUUUUUUUAUUUUUUUUAUUUUGAUUUUGAAGAUACUGAAAGAUGAUUUUGAAGAUAUUUUGCUGCUGAAACAGUAUUUGUAUUUAAUAGUUGAAAUGGGGUAAGGAAAACAGCCUUACCGACUGCCUGAUAGCCAUUAAAUGCAUUGGUUUGCUUUCAAAGAUGUUUUAUAAAAUAGAAAUUAAAGUUUGUUACUAGUAAAUUAGUAAAAACUGUCUUUCCUUUGACCUUGGUUAUGGUCAAAAAGUGUGUGGUGUUUCAAAAGUUCUCCACAAUCCACUGUAAACUCACAUUCAGACUGUUUCUCUGACACUUUUCAUGGUCAAAUUUAUUCCUAAUGGAUGAAAUCAAAUCUUGCUCCUUUUCAUCAUUGCAUGAAUAUUCUGUUUCAAUUGGAAACUAUGUCACGUUGUGCAAGUAAUAAGUAAGAGUGCAGUUUUCUGUUGACUUUAAAUGCCAAGGUAAUUAAACAGGUUAUGACAUAAGAUGUUUUGAGGUUUUGACAUAUAAAAAGUGUUUGUACCAUUUAAACAUCCUGCAGAUUUCAUAGCUUAAAAUAUCUUCCUCGUUAUAAAUAAAGCAUUUAUUAAAGCUCCAAAAAUGGCUCGUUUAGAUAUUGUGGGAUCUGUGAUGUCAUAUGGACAAAUAUAUUUGCAUAUGAUCAUCUAUUAUUAGCCCCACCCACAUGUGUUCAUCAGAUGCAAAUUAAGCAAAUUUGGAUAUGGUGCGCAUUAAUUUUCUGACAUACAUUAGAACAACUUGUUGGUGGAUUAUAUGUUUAUUCUGAGCAUUUGAAUAAAGAUUGUUUUGUGAACAAG